UGGCUUGAAACAAAACUCCUUCUGAUGACGUCACCCGCAGAGUUGUCAUGGCGUCUUUUGGACCGAAUCUGCUGCUGCAAUUUAGCUAGAAUCUGUCGACAGUUGCUAAAUCGAAAUGGAGAAAAAUGCAGACGUGCAUGGAGACCCCGUCGGAAGCGACACCACCGGGAGGGAAGCCGGCGACGCUCCGGCAGCGGGAGUCGGGAAAGGAACCGCGGAGAAAUGCACAAAUAGUGAGGUUCGCCUCACUACUUUGCUGGAGAACGAUAGCUGGAAUAACAGCACCACGGAGGAUCCCGGCGCCCCUCACGUCAAGCCUGGAGCGGGCAGGUGUGAUUUAGCCGAGGUCCUGGAUGUCCGGGAUGCGGGGAAGGACACCGAGUCGAGCGGGGAGCAGACGAUCAGUAACGGGAUGGGGUCUGGUCCAGAUAAGGAGGGUGGUGCCUCAAAGUUAGUAAACAACCAAACCGACGAGCCGUCCUCAGGUGUGGACGGGAAGGAAAGCAAGUCAAGCAAACUUGCCGAAACGGGCAGGACGAGCCCGGAGGACUCGAGCGCCCCGCGCGCAUUAUCUGAGGGGCUGGCUAGCGGCAGCGACCCGGACCCGGACGCUAGCCUCGGCGGGUGCGAAUCCCGCAGCCUGGACUCUCUGGAGGAGUCUUUUUCCAAGCUCAACUCGUGCCCGAGCUCGGACCUGAACAGCGAGGGACCGGAGGAACGAUCCGAGACAGGGCUGGCUCUGGCCCUGCACGGCGAGUUCGGCCUGGAAGCAGCCAAGGCGGCGUGCGCCAAGGACCGAGCGGCCGGGCAGUCGAUCUACCACAUCAAGUGGAUCAAGUGGAGGGAGGAAAACACGCCGAUCAUCACUCAGAAUGAGAACGGGCCCUGCCCGCUGCUGGCCAUCAUGAACGUGCUCCUGCUUGCUUGGAAGGUUAAGAUGCCUCCAAUGAUGGAAAUUAUUACAGCCGAGCAACUGAUGGAGUAUCUCGGAGACUACAUCCUGGAGACCAAGCCAAAAGAGAUUUCUGAAGCCCAACGGCUAAACUACGAGCAGAACAUGAGCGAUGCCAUGGCAGUGUUGCAUAAGCUCCAGACAGGCCUGGAUGUGAAUGUGAAGUUUACAGGCGUGCGAGUCUUUGAGUACACCCCAGAAUGUAUUGUGUUCGAUCUGCUUGACAUCCCGCUCUACCACGGCUGGCUGGUCGACCCCCAGAUGCAUGACAUUGUCAAGGCAGUGGGCAACUGCAGCUACAACCAGCUGGUGGAGAAGAUAAUAUCCUGUAAACAGUCAGACAACAGCGAGCUGGCAGGCGAAGGUAUAGUGGCAGAACAGUUCCUGAGCAGCACAGCCACUCAGCUGACGUACCACGGCCUUUGUGAGCUCACAUCCACCGUGCAAGAGGGAGAACUCUGUGUCUUUUUCAGAAAUAACCACUUCAGCACCAUGAUUAAAUACAAGGGUCAGCUGUACCUGCUGGUGACUGAUCAAGGCUUCCUGACAGAGGAAAAGGUGGUGUGGGAGAGUCUUCACAAUGUCGACGGUGAUGGCAAUUUCUGCGAUUCUGAGUUCCGGUUGAGGCCUCCGUCGGACCCGGAGACUGUAUACCGAGGACAGCAGGAUCAAAUAGACCAGGACUACUUGAUGGCGCUGUCGCUGCAGCAGGAGCAGCAGAGCCAGGACCUCCAAUGGGAGCAGCUCCCAGGCAUCAGUGACUUGGAGCUGGCUAAAAAGCUGCAAGAGGAGGAAGACCGCCGGGCGUCACAGUACUACCAGGAACAGGAGCAAGAGCAGGCGGCAGCAGCUGCGGCAGCACAGGCGCAGGCUCAGCAGGAAGCUGCGGGGGCAGACGAGGCAGACAGAGGGGCCGCGGGAUCCGGCGGCCCGGCAGGAGGAACUGGGACAGCUGCGGCGGCAGCGGCCGGCCAGGCCACAGCUAGCCCGGGAAAACAGUCGUCCGGCACGGAGCGCAAAGCAAAGAAGGAAGCCAAGGAAAAAGACAAAUGUGUCAUUUUGUAACAUCAAGGUAGCGUAUGGCAAACAGGUUAAGCAGUUAUUCAAUACCUUUAUUUAAUUUACGCUCCAUAGCUCUAUUCUAACAACUUUGGCAUACUCAUAGUACAAGUCCAUGUUACUAGUAAGGACAAAUAGUAUACUAGUACCUGGUGGAUAUUAAUGCUAUGGAGGAAAUGCUCAAUCUGUUUGCCAUACGAGCAGAAGUGCGUGUUUGCGGCGAGGGAAGGAGACUUCCAGACGAGUGGAUUUGCUUCCCAAACCAGAGGUGCCUGCCAUGCUCCACCCUCAGCGGACCGCCACGUCCCCCCGGGAUCUUUUGCGCGAGUUGGCCAAACUUUGUUAACUAAACAUAACUCGCCAUCGUUCUCCAAAUGAAGAUUUGAAUUCAUUAUUUGUUGUAUGUUACAGAACAAAGUACAAUACAUCUGCUUUUUAGAGGUAAGAUCUUGAUGCCAACAUUUCUUUACCUUCUUUAAGCAUUCCAUAUCCUUGACAUCCAGAUGAACUCAUUUCGUGCCAUUGACGGCAGUAGACGUCCAAUAGAUUGGGCGUCCAUCGUCGCCAAUGGCAGCCCAUGUUAACUUGUUGUGUGUCACUAGUUGUAAAAGUAGAGGAGGAAAAAAAUUACCAGUAAGAAUGUUAAUGCACCCUAGUUUUUCUACUUUCUAGUCAGGUAGUAUACUAUUACUGGAUAUUAACGAUAUGGAAUAAAUGCUCAAAUCAGUUUCCAAAGGUUUAUUUUCUAAUAUUAUUGGGCCACACUGAAAUGAAUAUUUAUAAAAUUUGAGAAUAGUUUCAAAAAAUGGAGUGAAAAGAUUUUUUUGAGAGUUUGCGUAAUAUACAACAUUUAUAUAGUAACAUGCCAAAUGUUUAUUAUGACUUUUCUGUUGCAUUUAAAAAAAUUUUUUUUUAAUAUAUAUAUAUAUUUUUUUUUUGCUUUUCUGUAACGCUUCGACUUUAUUUGUACAUCACACCUUUUUUUCUUCCUUUGAAGAAAAAACUACUUUUUAAAUGGUAAAUUAACAGACUUUGUCAUGAGUAGGAUUUUGUUGGAACAUUACAACUUAGUACUGGUAAUGUUCCCCCUUUAUUCACACAUUUUUUUACAACUUCAUUUUUGUUAUUGUUUUGCUGUGACUAUUUCACUUCUUUCCUCAUAAUUUUACUUUUUACCCUGCGAUAUAACUCAUAAUUCAAUUUUUUCUUUUUACAUUACUACUCUAAGCUUAAGGUUCCAACUUUACACAUUUUUAGAAUGUCAUUCUUGCAUCAUUUGCAAAAUGACCCCUUUAUAUAACAAUACAACUUUAUUCUCAAGUCCUAAAUUUCUAGUAGUUUUCACGACCUCACAACUGAUAUUUUCGGAAUUGUAUAAUUUUUUUAAUAAUAUAAUAGUUCGUGUUGCACCAAUAUUACUACUACUACUACUACUAAUAAUAAUAAUACCGUACAUUUUAUUUCAAGCACCUUUCAAAACACACAAUGACACUGAACAAGAGAUAGAUUAAAAACUAACAAACACAAAUUAAAAGCAGGAUAAAAGCACAGUGAUCCCUCGCCACUUCGCGCUUCAAACUUCACGCCCUCAGUCCAUCGCGGAUUUUUUUCAAUUAAACAAAAAAAAAAUACAAAUGAGCUGUCCCGGGCCGAUUGCCUAUUGGCACUCUCGCUCCCUCUCCCUGCUCUUUGUUCCUCAGGCACUGCAGCACUGCAAUGGAGUUGCUUAUUAAAGUUAACGAUGUUGAUAGAUGGUUGUGUUUGAUCUUGCCAGAGAAGUGGACAUCAAACAGGCUACAUGUGUCAAUCAUCGUUUAACUUGUUAAACGGUUGCUGUGGCAACUCAUUGCGUGUAAGUGAGAGGAAUGAGUAGACUCUAAGGAUGCAACAAUACUCUGUUUUAUAUUGAAACGUUUGAUACCUCCUCUUCGAUUCAAUACGCAAAAACAUUCGAUCCAAAUGAAAAUCUCCCAAAAUGUAUUUUCCGAACUUUUUUUGUGAUCUCUCUCUCGCUAAAAUGUCCGGUGCAGCUUUGCCUUGUAUAAAACCUCUGAGAAGGCCCCUCAUUGCAAGCAGCCCUCCUCCACUCCUCCCCCAAACUGCCUGAAGGGCGGGAGCUGCGUUUGUUUAUGGCACACGAAAAUCAUUGCUAGUGAGGAAAGACAAAAGCUUAAGUAGGCGGCUUCAACAUCGUACCGAUCCGAUGUGUGGCAGCAUUUUGGGUUUGCUGAUAUGCUAUCCCCACUCGGACAUAUUUAACAAGGACUGCCUUUCCAGAUAUUUAUAACAAAACCUGCCACAACAUUGUUACCGACUUGACACCUCGCUUUGACAACAGACAGCUUAACACUCUGGGACACAGGGAGCUAUCUCAUGGUUUAAUUAUGAACAAUGAGUGGCAAAUUAAGAGCCCUGUACUUCAAAUUUGUCCUUUUUAUGAAAAUAGAUUGUCAUAUGCUGGUGUUGUGCAGUAAUGAGCAGACGUGACUUCUGUGGUGUUUGUUAACUUUUUUAAUGCCCCGACAACACUCUCGCGCACACGCUAGAUAUCAUCAAAUAGCAACCUAGAUUUGCUACGUUCGAGCUCAUGCCAUUGGCUGCGUGAGCCCAGACUGAUCAUGGGACGCGUAGUCGAUAAAUUUAAAAAAACACCAUGAGUGAAUGGAAGUUAGGCAGGUCAAAUCAAUCCAUACUAGUGACUAUAGACAAUGCUGCAAAUAUUGUUAUUUCAGUACGUGACACAGAUGGUCUCAGACCCCAAAUAGGAAGUGUUGCUCAUGUGGUAAAUAUACCUGCUAAGAGAGCUGUAGCAAUCAACAGUGUGCCCCGCCUCACUUUACAAACAGUAAAGAUUGUUUUCAGCACUUUUAUACAAAAUUUCUUCAGAUCAGUAAGAAGUAAGCACAUAAAUAUUAUGCACUAAAAUGCAUGUUUAUAUGAUGGAAUUGCUGUUUUUAUUUAAUUAUUAAAACAAAAAAACACUUGUAUUUUUUGUUUCUGAGCAUUAAAUGUAUGGAAUCGAAUCAAAAAUCGUCUCUCGUAUUAAAAAUCGUAUCAAACCGUGACAUAACUGUAUCGUUGCAUCCCUAUUAGACUCACAGACUCUUUGAGCGUAUGCGCGGGCGGGGGUAUAGGGAGACGCGCGCUGGAAUGAAUGAAUGAAUGUGUGUGUGUGGCGACGUUCGAGGCAGCCGGGCGUGUUGUGUUCGCGGCAACAAACGCCACAAGUGAUCCGGAGCAGUUUGUAAUUUCUACGUGUCACUCCAAAAGUCACAGGCAAGGGUGGUGACAGAAGCAUUUAAUAAAGCCAAGCAUUUUCCUACUACGUUACUUUAUUCUUGGCUAAAAAUAAUUUGUGGGACAGUAACAUGUUGAAAACUUAUCAUACUUAUUACAUUUGAAGUGCUUAAAAAGCAUUUAUUAAAAUAUAUACACUGGGAGUGGGAACCUCUUGAUACCUUACGAUGCGAUUUCCGAUACAAAGCUCACGAUAACGAUCUGACGAUAUGGCGAUACAACGAUUAUCGAUACACUGGUCAGGAAAUCAUUCUAGGAUAUUUUACAAACAACUAAUAAUCAGAAAAACAAGCUUCUGCUUUGAAUUGGAAUGAGUUUAUCACUUGUAGACGUCCAAUCCGUUUGAAAUGGGAGGGUGGCAGCGAAUGAACGUUCGUUCAUUCGCUGCCAUCCCUCCCACUUCAAACGGAUUGAACGUCUAUGGCCGGUAGUGGCAGCCAUUGCCAGGCAAUGACGUAAUUUUGGGCCAUUUAAGGUCAUUUACCUGUUGAUUUUCAGUUACUUUCUGUUGAUUUUGGGGUAUUUUAUGGGUCUCUUCCUGAUUUUUUUGAGUUACAGAAUAGGAAGUGACUUGGGAAUUACCCAAAUGAAUAGGCAGUGACUGAAACUCAACAGGAAAUGACCUGCAGAUGCCCUGAAACAGGGGUGUCCAAACUUUUUGCAAAGUGGGCCAGAUUGGGUGUGGUAAAAAUGUGGGGGGCCAACCUUGGCUGAUGUCCUUUACAUAGAGCAAUAUAUUUAAGCAAAUUUUAGCAAGCCAUUCUGUGUGUCACAUUUGCUUUAUUUAUGUUUUUUUUUUUUUAAUUAAUAUUUUCAACAAUCUCGCAAAUAGCCUUUGUUGUGUUCUCUUUCGACUCUCGGGCUCUUGCGAAAUACUGCUGCUGUGAAAUUAAGAUAGCUUCAAGUUGCUUCAAUUUCUUGCUGCGUAUCUUCCCAGUAAUCUUGUCGUACAUGUCAGCGUGUCUUGUUUGGUAAUAUCGCCUCACAUUGAACUCUUUAAAAACAGCAACUGUCUCUCUGCAGAUGAGGCAGACACAGUUUUUGCAUAUUUUAGUGAAGAAAUAGUCCAAUUUCCACCUAUCCUUGAAGGGUCGGACGUCGCAGUCAACUUUAUUUUUUUUUUGUUGAUAGUCGGCAUUUUAGAAAAUUGGGAGUAAAGGGUCACACGGGAUAAUGUUGCUUUGGUGCUGCUGCCUUUUAGUGGCUAAAUGAGGAGCAGCAUUUAGUAUGUAAGCUACUUCAUAUGCUGGUUGAUUUUUCAACAGAGGCUGGGGGCCGGAUGAAAUUUGACCAAGGGCCGCAUUUAGCCCCCGGGCCGGACUUUGGACAUGUCUGCCCUAAAAUGAACCGCAAGUGACCUGUAAAUGCCCUGAAAACCGGACAGAAUGACUGAAUGCUCUGGUUUCAAAUGAACGAACGUUCCCAGUCUAAAUGGAUUGGGCAUCGAGCACCGUCAAUGCAGCCUUACAGUUAACUGAGACACUAUUAUGGUGGAAGAUUUUGGUAGCAACUUGUUGGUUCUUUUUUAUCUUUUUUAAACAUUGACACCUUUUUAAAACGUUAUCUCGAUUCUUGGCAGGAGCAUAUCGAUUACUUUUUGGGAUACAAAUAAUCACGAUAUAUCACCAUUUCGAUAUUUUGUCACACCCCUAAUUUACACUGUAGAUUUUUUUUUAAUCAUAAUUUUGGGGGAAUAAAAGUGAAAAAAAGUGUCUUAUACAGUAUGUAUCUAUUUCUAAUGCUAAAUCUGCGCUACUUUGCGGUUUUUCACUUAUCGCGGCAGGUUCUGGUCCCCAUUAACCUCGAAAAACGAGGGAUCACUGUCAUAGAACAUUAAGAGGUCGAGACAAAACGGAGCUAAGGAUCAAGGUGGGUAAGAAAGAAUUACUGUAAGUUACAGAUGUGUUUUGAGUCGGUAUUUGAAAAGUGAGAGAAUAGACAUUUUGCGAAGCUCAGGGCAAAGUACUAGUACCAGUACCGAUACCGAUACGGCACUAAAUUGAUGUUUUUAAAUGAGUUUAUCACUAGUAUAUGUUCAAUCCAAUGCAUUGGACGCCUAGCAACCAAUGAGUUAAGCAGUGUCUGACCAAGCUGAGAUAGCAAUUACUUUACAUCAGAGUAUGCAAAAUAGUAAAAAAAUAAAAUAAAAUAAAAUAAAGGUACACAGCUAGGUAUGGGAAUUGGGAGCCAAAAAAUUGGUAUCGGGGCAACAUAAGUAACAACGCAAGUUGUUGCAAUGUCCUAGCUUUUUUAUGUAAUUUUCCUGAUUUGAUUCUUCUCGCAUUCUCCAUUUUUUUUCCCUUUGGAACCUUUCAACUGCAGUACUCUCCUAUUAUUACGACUUCAUUCUCAUAACAUGACUUUUAUUUUGCAAAAUUACAUCUGAUCUUCAUUAUGUAACAUAAACUCUAGUCUUGAAUUAUUACGCCCCGCUCUUGUAAAAUGACAAAAUCCCACACAAAAGAUCUGUUUUCUCAACACAAGUUUAUCCUUAGUGUUAAAAAAAAAAAUUCGUGGAAAAUAAGCAAUGAUAAUCUUUCGAAUUUUAGGAGCGUUAAGUCCUGAUGUUAUGAUUUAUUCUUGUGGAAAUACAUUCUACAAUUGCUAUCAUUUUUCUAGUUUUUCUACUCAGUGUGGCCCAAAUCCUCCUCAAAUUCUUGUUUGUCGGCUUUAAAAAUACAGUAUUUUGCUUACUGUGUGCACCCAGUGAAGAUGUUAUGUUUAGCUUUCCGUAGCGGUGUAAACAUUGUUCAUCACAGUUUGGCCUUAGUGGAGCGUGUGCAUUGUUGCGGUCUGCUCACUUUGAAUGUGUGUCCCUGUGUGAAGUAUUCAGCCAUGGAGAGUGAGAAAGUGUUUUACACUACACUAGUUCUGGACUGUAUUGCAGUGCAUUUUUUUGUGUGGCAUAUUAGUAACUAGAAGGGAUGUUGGUGAUUGAAUGAAAACGCUCUCUGUUGUAAAGGAGAAUUGGAGCCGAGGGCUGUCACAAAUGAUCAUUUUGAUAGUCGAUUGAUCGUCGAUUAUUUUUGUGAUUAGUCGGCUUAUAUCAAAAUCACGUUGUUAACAGUUAUAUUACUCUGAGCAUUACAUUUUAGCCGGAAAUGUGCAUUUAAAAAAUGGCGCUGAGAAAUGUUGCACUGUAAAAAAAAAAAAAGUGGCUUAGUAUUUGUCAUGUUUCGAUGGAAAACUCAUGCAUUGGACUUAAAACUGCUUAAACUGAAGUCAUAUUUACCGUAAUUUUUGCACUAUAAGGCACGCCUGACUAUAAGCAACCACCCACCAAAUUUGACACGAAAACGUAAUUUGUAGGGCUGUCAAACGAUUAACAUUUUUAAUCGAGUUAAUCACAGCUUAAAAAUUAAUUGUAAUUAAUCGCAAUUCAAACCAUCUAUAAAAUAGGCCAUAUUUUUCUGUAAAUUAUUGUUGGAAUGGAAAGAUAAGACACGAGACGGAUAUAUACAUUCAACAUACUGUACUUAAGUACUGUAUUUGUUUAUUAUAACAAGAAAUCAACAAGAUGGCAUUAACAUUAGCAUUCUGUUAAAGCGAUCCAUGGAUAGAAAGACUUGUAGUUCUUAAAAGAUAAAUGUUAGUACAAGUUAUAGAAAUUUUAUAUUAAAACCCCUCUUAAUGUUUUCGUUUUAUUAAAGUUUAUAAAAUUUUCAAUCAAAAAAUAAACUAGUAGCUCGCCAUUGUUGAUGUCAAUAAUAAUUAUGGUGCUGAAGCCUGAAACCCAUAAAAUCAGUCGCACCCAAGCGCCAGCAGAGGGCAUCAAAACACUAAAAAACACACCAAGUGGAAAUGACACUUUGCUGUGAUUUUAAUCUGUUCGAGCAGGGCAUGUGCGUUAAAUGCGUCAAAUAUUUUAACGUGAUUAAUUUUAAGAAUUAACGCCCGUUAACGCGAUAAUUUUGACAGCCCUAGUAAUUUGUUCAUUGAUAAGCCGCACUGGAGCAUAAAUUGCAGCUGUCCUCACUGUAUAAUGGGAUGUUUACACUAAAAGAUGUUAACUGGUACCACUUUAUUUGACAGUGGCAUCAUAAGACUGUCAUAAAAUCAAAUGAACCACCACAAAACUUUGAACCAAUUGGCUGCAAAGCUUCAUUGCUUCAAGAAGCUUCGUUUGGCUAUCACUGCUCCCUAGGGAGAGACAGUCAACCUCCUAGCAUGCAUUGCAGCGCUACAGAUGUAAACAAAAUUCAUGAUCUGUGCUAAUUAUUUCUUCGGUUACUGUUCCAGUUGUUUCAUAAAUUGCUAGUUAUGAAUCCUGCAAUUUAUAGUCCAGUGCCACUUAAUUGUUGCUUUAUUUGGGUUGAUAGGUAACACUUUAUUUGACAGCAGCGUCAUAAAACCUCCAAAAGACCGUCAUAAUUAUGUCAUGACAUUGCCAUGAACAUUAAUGAAUGCUUUUGACAGAUGUCAUUGUGUGUCAUCCGGAAAAUUAUCUCACUUUUGAAUGGAUGUAGAAGAUAACGACAUCUGUCAUAUGCAUUCAUUAAUGCUCAUGAUAGUGUCAUGUCAUAAUUAAUGACAGUCUCAUGGCAGUCUUAUGAUGCCGCUGUCAAAUAAAGUGUUACCUAUUAACAAAUAAGCGGGACUGGACUAUAAGUCGCAUGAUUCAUAGUCCGAAAAUUAUGGUACUUAAAAUGUUUUAUUUAUCGAGUUUUCCAUCAGAAUUAAAAAAAAAAAAAAAAAGUCAGUGAAUAGGUUAACUUGAAAUGUCAAGUUUAACAAAACUUUUUUUUACAGUGUGGAUUAUGAACAUUAUGUAACUUACUGUAUCAGUUUUCCAAAGCAAAAGUUGAUGUUUGCAGAUAUCUAAUUUUAUAUAUCAAUAACUACAGAACAGAAAUCAAAGAAGACUGUUUUCCUUCCUUUUCAAUUGAAAAAUAAAAUUAAAAUAAGAGAAUAUAUUUUUCAUUUUUUAUUUUAUUUUUUUCGAAAUCAAAAUUGUGUCUUUUUUGUCCUAAUUAAAAAUUGAAAAUAACAAUAAUAAGAGAAUAUUUACUCAAAGAUGUUCAAAAAGAGGACUUGGACAGUUUUACAUCGAAAAUGUCUCUAGACGAUUAAUCGACUAUCCAAAUAGUUGACGAUGAAUUUGUUUAGCAAUUAGUUGUGGAUUAACUGUGGCAGCCCUAUUAGCACCCUGUUCAUAAUCUUCCUAUUAACACUAGUAAACCAGUAUACUGGUACAAUGGCUGCCAUUCACUGCGAUAGACCUCCAAUCCAUUUGAACUGUGGCCAGUCAAAAUGGAUUGGACGUCCAUCGCCGUCAAUGGCUGGAUGUCAAGGAUAUGGCAUAAAUGCUCAAAGGCUUUCCAUCCAUACAGAUGUUUGCCAACAAGACGAGGUGUACAUAUUUGUGAAAUGCAUCCGCAAGUUUUUCUAUGACUACAUUCCAGUUGGAUGCCUUGACUGAAGCCUUCUCAACUGAGUGAGGAAAUUGGAAGCUGACGCGGAAGGCUUUUGGAAGAUGGAAAGGCAGGCUACCAUGCGGGGAAAACUCCUCUUCAAAGCUUUUUUUGCUUGUUUUCGACAUACAAGGCGCCUUACGACGUUUUCUAGGAUAAAUCCAGGCGUACGAGCAGUGUGAGACAAUCCGCCGACAUCCCAACUACUCAGGCUUUUUUGUGAAGCGACAUGCUGUUCUAGCUCUUUUUCAAGCUUUGUAUGGGCACACUUCCUAGGGCCUGCAGUCACAUGGUGAACUAUCUGCACAUACGCACACGUUGGAUGAAGGACGCUCAAGUUACAAAUGACACUCCAAACCAAUGCUGCUCUUGCAUGGCCGACUACCUACGAGUACAGUGAACCCCCGUACAAUCCGGGUUCGAUUGUUGAGAAUUAUUGGGAUUAUGCUUCAAUGCCAUUGACGACGAUAGGUGUCCAAUUAGGGCAGGGCGAUCUGGGG